UGAAUACUCUUGAGACGUAAUAUUUGAAACGACGAUGCGAGUACGUAUUUAGUGCAAUAAAAAUUUUACUUACAAAGAUUUCUGAACACAUUUUCGCUUUCUGCGAGCUGAUGCUUCCAAUGGCAUCGGCUUAGAGUAGGAAAGAUUGAGGAGGACAUUGAAUUUAUUUGUGGAAAGGAAGGAUCGCACCCUCUUAGUGAUGAAUCUUACUGACAGCUGGAAAAUAUAACAAUGUCCAAUGGAAAAUUCUAGACCGUCUUUCAUUCGAUAUUACAGCGAUAUUAUGUUGAAAUCAUGCGGUGCACAAUAUUUUAACAAACAAAAUUAAAUUUAGUUUUUAUUUGAAAUAACUAAAACACCACAAAAAUAGUUUGCUAGAGUUGACAUUAUAAAACAAAUUAUGACAUAAUGCUAACGAUAUUUAAACUGAUAAUAAACAGAGCAAGAGAAUUUCAAUUUCAACUAUUUAUAUUUAUUGCGCUCAUAUUAUACAGUAUAUUAUACGCUAUAUUAUUAUUAUUAUUUUAUAUAGCAUUUUCAUAUUCUUUACUUUCCAUAUUUUGAAUAGACUGACAUAUGUUACGUUAGUACAAAAGAUUUAUAUCGGUUUUCUAUCAAGUUUUUUAUUAAAUAAAAUUCGAAAUCUGAAUUGAAAAAUUUCUUUUUAGAUGAAAAAAAGUGUAUUGAAGUUAAUAACAAUUUUGCUUUGAUUUUGCUGUAACUUUAUUUUCAACUUUAUUUGGCAGAUAUGACUAAGCUUUUGUAUGAACCUAAUAAUUGAAGAAUGAUCAAAUCGUUUAAUUUUUUUGAUUGAGAAAGUAAAAAAUUUGCAAACCAUAUAAAAUAACAUUUAAAAAAUGCACUACAUUUCUUGGAUUUUGAAUGGAGAGAUUAAAAUUAACAAAUUUUUUUCCGAAAUCGAAAUUCUUACAAAACGUAAAUUUUUUUAAUGUACAGAAUGUACAUUUAAAAAAUUCACAGAAUGUAUUGUGAAUAUACAGAUAACAAACUGUGAUUGCACAAGUUGACUCUUGUAGUAAAACAUUUUUCCUUUUCGGUUGAAUAACAUAUUAUUUAUUUAUCAAUAGCAUUAUUAAUUGAAUUCUUCUUUUGCUCUAUCUCGAGUUAAUUUCAAUGUGGAUUUUGUCAUUUUGUCACAAAAGCUUUGAUGAAAAUUUUCCAAAGCGUUUGUGAUUUCGACAUAUCUACAGAACUCGGUGCGCAGACUUCCAUCCGGAGCUGCAGCGCGUGCGAAGGCGGACGAACGAAAGGACGCAAGCGCACCGUGUGAUCGUCAACGUGCGCCUUUAAGACUGGCGGCGGGAGCCGUGAUUCUUCCUGAUCAGUUUGCCGUAGACCCGCAUCCGCAACUUUUCGACCGCAAAACCGUGGUGGACGCUUCCUCGAAUCCUCACGCAACGAUCUCGUUCGAGAAAUCGACAGCGAUAGCGAUACGUUUCCUGAACAUGCAUAUCGCGAACCGAUCGAUGAGAACGUUACGAGCCUGUCGGUAGUGAAAAACUUAUAUGUGAUUGUGACGAUCGAUCUCGAUUCUUGACGAUAUGGUGAUCCCACGACGUGCAUCUCGCUUUGAAGAAAGUACUUUUAAGAGAUGUGAAAUUUUAUAUAACGAAAAUUAAUUUUGUUUGAUUUAUCUUUGGUUUCACGUCUGCAAGGAAUAAUUUCGGUGAGUUCAACUCUUGAUACUAUAAGAUUUUUGUAAUUGCUCGAUAUAAAAAUGCGAAAAUUGGCAUAUAAUAUAACAUAAGAAAGCGCGCUUUAUCGAUAUUAAACCAGUUGUGUCAAUCUCCUGAUUUGUAUUAAUUAGCGUUUCAAAUCACGCAACAACAUGUAAUAUUUGUGAAAAGAUAUUAUCGAUGAUUGAUCGAGUUUUUGACGAUUUUUUUUUUAUCCGUAUACAAUAGCAUUAGUUGUCGAUUUUUACUUGGACAGUUAUUUGUUUCUGUCUCAUAAAUCCGGAUUACCGGGAUAAAAAUCAAUACUUCCACAAUGAUAAGAGAAAAAAUUCUACAAAUUUUAGAAAUAAUACGCAAUAUACGCGCCAUCGUAGUAAAACAAGUAAAAAAAAAGAUAUAAAAUUGAUGUGCAUUGUGUGCAUUCUUUGAUGGUAAUUAAUCAUUCAUCUUUUUAUUUUUAGCAAUACGUAGUAUAGUUUUCCAUAGAGAAAUGUUUUUAACAAUAAACCAGAGAAUACUAUAGGAUGAUUUACUGCAAAUACUAGAUUUCGCUGCAAAUUCGCGAUAAACAAUUUUUUUCUCAUUCUUAAGACUCAAAUUUUUCUGAGAUAGUAACUUCAAUCUAUCUAUAAAUUAUCUUAACAUUAUACUGAUGCUUUUUAUCAAUUCGAGUCCACGUCAUUAAAAAUUUAAAUGAGAAUUGGAUAUGUACACGCGAUGUGUACUUUUAUAAUUAGCGUACAUGAAAAAUUAAUCGAUCUCUGAUAUACAUACACACUCAUAAAUAUAAUCUUUUUAUUAUUAAUUUAUAAUUAAGUGAAUAAAGAAAAAGCGUAAUUUCAAACAGCCACGUCAAAAACACAAUCUUACACAAUGAUUUCCUAGUAGCGGAAGCAGCGGAUUUAUCGAUGUAUAUUUAUAAGCAGUCGAGAAAGGGCUGCUUUGCAUUUGUAUGAGGGGGCACGCAUUUCUUUGCGAUCUUAUUAACGUUUUUCUGGCGAUGUGACGUAAGUGAAACUCAUAGCAUAAGCCAUAUCUAUACAUUCGAGAUUUUAAUUUCAAUUGCAUUUAUUCUCAAUAGCGUCAAUUCUCAAUAGCAUUGUACUAUGUUAUUGACGCAUCAAUAGCAUCGCAAAGUUAAUCUCGCAGCAUGCAUCUAUUCGAGAUUUAUAUCAAGAGUUGAGAAAUUCAUUUCGAGAAAUCUCUCCCGAAGUCGACAAACAUCAAUCGUCGUCAAACCAUCCUGACGUACGAUCGUUCUUGAUAAAAGCAGAUAAUCCGUUCUUGAUUGACGUAAAAGAUUUAUCUCAUUCCAUCGCUUACCGUCAUCAUUUCAUUCUACGAGGGGAAACAAAAGUUGUAAUCGCUAUGCGUUACGUACGUAUCUACAUAUACGUAUGUAUCCUACGCCCGCAUACCUCUCAUUUGACGUACUUCGCGUACUUUGAAGAGCAAUUGACGUUUCUUGUUGUUAUAUACGAUGUAGCGCGAUAUCAGUUACGAUUUAAUUGAAGCGACGAAAACGUAUGCUUGUUUCCGCGACGAAAGAUAAGUGAAGCAUAUUAUGCAUUAAUUACAGCUCGCAAGAGGUUCGAGCGAUAACUCUGUAAUCUCAUCCGUGUCUGUGUGUUCGUAUCUUCUAUCAUGUGACGGUUCUCUAUCCGAGAAACGUCGAAUAAAUUAUUAAAAAGAACGAACAAAAAGAUUUUUGAGAGACAGAUUUAAAAAAGAUCUCAACGAGAAUGGAUCUCCCUGCUAUAAAAUAUUAAUCGAAUCUAAAUUCAAAGAUUUUACUUGAAAGGCAGAAGUGUACGAAUCAUUGCGCACGAAAAAGAAAAAAAAAAAGAUUAGUCUGAGUGAAAUUAUUCCGAUUUUAAGCCGCGGUAAGAAUCACUUGGAUGUUUUCUGCGCAAUUAAAUUGCGUAGUUUACAGGAAAAAAUGAAGAGAGGAGUAAUGAAGUACAACCACGCUUUUAUAUAUCGGACGAUUUUUUCCUCGUUUAUGCAGAGGCGACCCGGUUGCACCCCCAAGCGACAAUUAUAGUUCCGCGCAAUCUCUGAACGCGCUCUUCUUCUCUUUGUUGAUUCAAGACACAACUCGAGGAUCGGGAUAUUUUGUAUGCUCGUUGGAAGUCGCGUACUCUUUUCCACUCACGUAGCCGAGCGGUAAAAUACAUAGACCGGUGAGCUCUCCUUUCUGGUCCAUCAGUGCUUUACUCCCGAGAGAGAAAAGAUCGCAACGAUGAGGGUGAAUGCGAUCGGUUUUACGUCGACGACAACGACAUCGACAUCGGAGGUGACCGCGACAUCGAGAAUCGAGGGCAUGCAGAACAAUGGAAUACCCUCGUCGAUCCCUUACAACGACAGUGUAAUGGAAAUGGACCUCAUGACCGACAUAAUGUGGGAUUUCUAUGAAAAAUUCAACGGGGACACUAACUACUUGCUGAUCAUCCUCUAUGUGCCAGUUAUGGCGCUCGCAGUGACGGCCAACAUUCUUGUGAUCACGGUGGUCUUCAAAUAUCAUUACCUGAGAAGUGUUACAAACUACUUUGUGGUGAAUCUUUCUGUCGCCGAUUUAUUGGUUACCAUUAUAUGCAUGCCGGUUGCUGUCAGCCAGGCCGUAUCGAUGGCGUGGAGUCACGGUGAACUCAUGUGCAAACUCUCUUCUUAUCUCCAGGGUGUUGCGGUUGCAGCCUCGGUAUUCACCAUUACAGCCAUGAGUAUUGACAGAUAUCUAGCGAUAAGGAGUCCCAUGGCGUUCCGCCGUGUAUUCAAUCGCAAGAGCACCGUACUCGUUAUCGUUGCUCUCUGGCUGGUGGCCUUGACUAUCUUCGCUCCCGUUCUCAGAGGGAUGACUCUUCACAAUCCGAGUACGGAAUUCUCCAACAUAACUUUCCACGGUUCCUGGAUAGGAAAUUUUUCUCACGAUAUCUCGCGGCUACCACCGGUUUUCUACAUUUGCUUGGAGGAUCUCAGGCCACUAGGCAUCAGGGCGCACAUCUUCGGGACUGCGUACUUCGUUCUUGUUUACGCUAUUCCAGGUUUCGUUGUAAUACUGUCCUACUCGAUGAUGGGCCGCACCCUCUGCUCUAGGAAACCGCCCUUCGACUGCGACAGCGUCGAGGGAAGCGCCAGCUCACAGCAGAGCUUCAGAUUGGUACGUGAAAGAAGGCGAAUCGCCUGGAUAUUGCUGCUCCUUGCUGUACUUUUCGCCCUGUGCUGGCUGCCGUACAAUGUCCUCAGAUUGUUAGUCGAUUUCGGUGUUGUCGAAGAAUGGAGAUCGAUAACGGAUGCUCUCCCGUACUGCCUGUUCCUGGGACAUGCAAAUAGCGCCCUGAACCCCGUUGUCUAUUGCUUCAUGACGCGCAAUUUUCGCCGCAGCGUUUCAGAGAUCCUGCGUCGCACAUCUCAUAGUCUGGCGCGUCGUAAACCUCGCCGCAAAGAAAAAGAGGCAAAAUUUUUUUUGCUGCUACAUAGGUGUUUAUGGGACUAUCCAAGUAUUCCCCCGAGCGAGUUUCUAUAUUUCACUUGAGGGAACAUCUAUGUGAGCACCUCCCACAUAUCUUUCAAUUAGAUCUUUCGCUUACCCGCUUUAUCUGCUCAUCUUUCAUGAGUGGCAAUAACAAUUUCUUACGGAUUUUACGACUGUGCGAUAGAAACUCGUCGAGUUUGCGUCUUUCAAUUCUAAGGUUUUCUUCGCUAUACGGAAUCAAUUACACAACUUACGGAAAUAUUUAAGAAAAAUAGUCAAUAUUAGAAAUAUGAGCGCAACAAAAACAAAUUCAAUUAUUCCUCCAUUAUAUUGAUAUUUAAUAUCAAUCAAAAUAGAGAUAUAAAUAUAAUACUAUAAAUUAUAUUAAAUCUUUUGUAUCUCUCAUUCUCUUAACGAAAUAAUAACGAUCUCUUGAGUUUUGAAGCUUUGCAGUGGAAUAACAGGUAGUUUAUAUUCAAUGCAUGAUAAUUAACGAGAAUAAAGACGGAUCUGAAAUAGUAAUUAACGUAUGUUUGAUAUGUCUGUUAACGUAAUAAUCGCAUAACUAUAAUGAAUACUAAACUUGCGCCAAGUACUUCAUUGCAAAUUCCUUACUCCAAAUAGAUGUAAGCAAUUGUUCGCUGGUUGAAUGCUGCUGUUAUGCCGAAGGCUAUUGUCGACUGACGGGUAAAAUGAGAGAAAAUUGGGUAUGCUCCGUGCAACUUUUAAAUUGAUCUCAAUGCAGCCUUUAACAUGGAUAGAAUAAAAAUGACGAUUAGAUCCUUUCGCAUGUACGUUAUUUGAGUGAAUAAUGUUAUAGCUUAAAUUUUUUUAUAUUUUCUUCUUUUUAAAAUUAAAAUGAAACAAUAAAGGCUCUUACAAAUGUAUUAUACAAAGGUGGGGAAGGACAAUUAAGAGCUACCGCGAUAAUUUGUGCGCAAGUUUUGUUAUGAUCAAAUUAUAUUAACAUAAAAUAGCGAAAUAUACGCUUUUUAUUAUUAAGUAACUAUCGCUACUUUAUGUUAAUAUAAUUUGAUUAUAAAUUUAUAAAAAAAUUGUUGAUUAUAAAAAAAAUUUACGCACGAAUUACCACACUAGCUUUUAAUUGUCUUCUCUCAUCUUUAUAUGAUUCUUCUUUCUAUUUUAUAUUCGCGCAAAUACAAUAAUUCUAAAAGAAUUGAAAGUAAUCUGUAACAUAAAAUGGCAAAUUUUUGCGCACAUAAUUAACUUAUACAGUAAUUUUCUGUUUUAAAAAGACAAUUUUUAAAAUUUAAUUUUUAUAUUUACGAUACAAUAAUAGUCUCUUAUAGCCCGUCCUUGUACGACCCCGCGUUCGCGAAAAUAUGUUCUCAUUUCUUUUCUUUUUCUUCAUUUUUUUGAUGAAAUUCUAAGAAUCAAUGCAAUGAAAAAUUCGAUAACAGCGCUCUUGGGAUGAACAUCUUUACUUUUUCUUAUUUCGAGAUGUAUUGCACAGAGCUUUACAAGAACUGAGUUUAAAAAAUUCUUUUAUCGUUGACAUAAAUUUAUAUCUCUCGAACUUUAUUCAUCGCGAACAUAUCCCAAAGUAAAAUUGAAAAAAAAAAAUUAGAUCUCGCGGUAAUAUCUCUAAGAUUUUUCUUCUCUUCGCGGUUGUAGGUCAAUUUUUUUUUAUUUUAAAAGAAUUAAAUGAAGAAACCAAGUUCUUCAAAUUAAUAGAUAAGCAUAACAAAUUGAAAUUUGAAUGAUUAUUAUAUCGCCAGAUCGGUAAUAUGAUGUAAUCAAAACAUAAAGCCAGUAAAAACUCAAACUUAUCGAAGACAUAUAUACAGGAUGUCCGAAGUCAAUCGCAUCACUUGUCGUGUGUAGAUAGAGCAGGUAAAAUCGAGGAGAAAAGUUCUUUACCAUUUUGCGAUUUUCGUAAUAAUUAUUGAGAAAUUAAUUUAAGAUCUUUUUAAAUUAAUUUCUCAAUAAUUAUUACGAAAAUCGCAAAAUAGUAAAGGACUUUUUUCCUCGGUUUCACCUGUUCUAUCUGCACACGAGAGGUGAUACGGUCAAUAUCAGACAUUCUGUAUAUAUAUAUCGUAUAUGUAUAUGUAUAAAAUAUACAACAUGAAUAUAAUCGAUCUUCUUGAUGUCACACAAACGUAUACACAUAUUUUGAUUUACAUUGAGACUAUUAAUAAAAAUGUGGUAGAUGUAAUCAAUACAAUAAUAAUAUAAAAUCGCGAUGAUAAGCAAUGAAAGGCAGAAAUAUAUAUAUAUAUUGUAUGAAUAUUUCUCCGAACCGUAUCAAAAGCAUAUUUAAAGAUAUGUAAAUAAAAAAAUUAUAAGUA